AUGGCAUCAACUAGGUUCUGUGAUCCUUGUUCCGAAGCUGACAAGUCUUCAACAACAACAAAGUAUUGCUCUGACUGUGAAGAAAGACUUUGUACAGACUGUGAUGAAUCACAUUGCAGAUUCAAAGCCUUCAAAUCUCACCAUGUUAUCGACCUGACGUCCAUCGGAUCCAAUAAACUGAUGCCUGCGAUAAAAAACUGCAAUGUCCAUUCAGGGAUGCUUUUGGAUUAUUACUGCACAGACCAUGAGAUCGUAUGCUGUAGAGCCUGCAUAUCUAAUGAACACAGGGUUUGUCAGAACGUUCUCCCAUUUGAACUUGCCUCGAAGGAUGUAAAAAAGUCUGCACUGUUUAACGAUGUUAUGGAAGACAUGACGCAUCUUAUUACAACAUUGAAUGCUUUAGACAAUAACAGACAGUCAAACUUACAAUCUAUGAAGGAAUCUAAAUCAACAAUAACUAAGAAGAUCCGAGCAGUGAAAUCCAAAUUUUUGAAUCAAAUUGACGAUUUGGAGCGUGAAUUAACGACCACUUUGUCAUCUCUCCAACGAAAACAUGAAAUGGAAAUCAACAAACAAAAGCAAGAAAUAUCGCAAGUCUUGGUCAAUGUUAUAGAAAAUAAAAACGAGUUGGAUUUUUUGAGAGAUCAUGGAUCUAAGAAUCAGCUCUUUAUAUUCCUUCGCCAACAAGUAACAAAUAUUCAUAGCGCCGAGGCCAAGAUUCAGCAGAUAGUAUCCGAUUCACAAGAAUUCAAUAUAACCUUUGACGAAAAGAAAUAUGGUAAGCUUGAGUCUUUCGGGUCACUGUCAGAGUAUGUCCAACCAUGUCAAGUUCAAUACAAACCAAAGAAAUUUCAACAAGCCCAGAUCAAGGCAGAACCAAUGAAAAAUAUUCUAGGGUUUAAGAAGGAUACAGUAUUAAAAUUUAAUACUGAUGUGGUAAAAAGUAUUUUGAGUGUAUCAGUGACGAUAAUAAUAAGCUCCUCAUUACUAAUACAUCAUCAUCCGAUACCAAACUGUAUGUUUACAGAGACUGUAAAGAUUAUGAGACAGAGAUAG